CCGACUCUCCAUUUUUAGCGCAAGCGCAGACCGAGCAGGAGAGAGAGGAAGAGUGCGCGAGAGAGAAUCUCGGCUAGGCCGUCGGCUUUCCUUCUCUUCUCUUGCUGUAGUUGUGAGGGAAAUGCAGCAGAAGGGGAGGACGAACAACAGUAGAUCCAGAACCUUCUCCCGGUCUCGCCUCGCCAUCGAAGGGUGCUAGCACCAGAGCAUCGAUCCGAGGAAGAAGAAGAAGAAGAAGAAGACGAAGACGAAGAAGAGGGAAGUGGAUAAUUUCCUUCUCUUUCCUUACUUUCUGCUCACCGACAAGUAGCAGGGGUUCUUGAGAAAAGUCCCCGAUCCUUCACGCCUUUUGGUCGACGUCCUCCGCUUCAGCAUGGCCGCCACAGGAGAAAGAGAGGUUCAGAAAAGCUACUGGAUGGAGCAUUCAUCGGAUCUGACGGUGGAGGCUAUGAUGCUUGACUCCAAGGCCGCGGAUCUCGACAAAGAAGAGCGACCUGAGGUGCUAUCCCUCCUUCCAAAAUUUGAACAAAAGGAUGUUCUUGAGCUAGGAGCAGGAAUUGGUCGCUUUACAGGGGAAUUAGCAAAAGCAGCUAGAUCUGUUACAGCAAUAGAUUUUAUCGAGAGUGUAAUUAAGAAGAAUGAAAGUGUUAAUGGGCAUUUCAAAAAUGUCCAAUUUAUGUGUGCUGAUGCUGCAUCCCUGGACCUCCAGUUUGCUCCUGAAUCAUUUGACAUAAUCUUUUCAAACUGGCUCCUUAUGUAUCUAUCUGAUGAAGAGGUGGAAGGCUUGGCGCAAAGGAUGACCAAAUGGCUUAGAGUUGGUGGCUAUAUUUUCUUCCGAGAGUCAUGUUUUCAUCAAUCAGGGGAUUCUAAACGGAAAACCAAUCCAACACAUUAUAGAGAGCCACGAUUUUACACAAAGGCCUUUAAAGAAUGUCAUUGGCAUGAUGGUAAUCAUAGUUCCUUUGAGCUUUUCCUCCUCAGCUUCAAAUGUGUCAGUGCAUAUGUGAGAAACAAGAGGAACCAGAACCAGAUUUGCUGGGUCUGGCAGAAGGUUAGAUCAACUGAAGAUAAAGGUUUUCAAAGAUUCUUAGACAAUGUGCAAUAUAAACCUAGUGGUAUAUUGCGAUAUGAACGUGUAUUUGGAGAAGGGUUUGUGAGCACAGGAGGACUGGAUACCACAAAGGAGUUUGUCUCCAAACUAGACCUGAAGCCUGGGCAGAAAGUUCUUGAUGUGGGUUGUGGGAUUGGUGGAGGUGACUUUUAUAUGGCAGAAAACUAUGAUGUUGAUGUUGUGGGUAUCGAUCUUUCCAUAAAUAUGGUAUCCUUUGCCCUUGAGCGUGCAAUUGGCCGGAAGUGCGGUGUGGAAUUUGAGGUGGUUGACUGCACAAAGAAGACAUAUCCUGAUGGAAUGUUUGAUGUGAUAUACAGCCGUGAUACAAUUCUCCAUAUACAUGAUAAGCCCACGUUGUUUCAAAAUUUCUUCAAGUGGUUGAAACCAGGUGGUGUGGUUCUAAUCAGCGAUUACUGUAAGAGCCCCAAAGAACCAUCACUGGAAUUUAAAGAGUAUAUCAAGCAACGAGGAUAUGAUUUACACCAUGUAGAGGGUUAUGGUCAGAUGCUAAGAGAUGCCGGUUUUGCUGACGUUUUAGCAGAAGAUAGGACAGAUCAGUUUAUUAAAGUGUUGCAGAAAGAGUUAGAUGCCGUUAAGAAAGAGAGGGAUAACUUCAUCCGCGACUUCUCAGAGGAAGAUUACCAUGAGAUAGUUGAUGGGUGGGAGAAGAAGCUGAAGAGGAGCUCCUCUGGUGAGCAGAGGUGGGGCCUUUUCAUUGCGAGGAAAUGAAUCCAAGCCAGGUUAUUCAGGCUUCUAGUAGUUAGUUGAUAGGAGUUUUGCUCUCUUAAGGAUCCUUUGAGCUUCGAGAUGCAUCCUUCUUAGUCUUGUGUUAUCGUAGAAUUAAAUUUCUGAUGCAAAUUUUAAACUUCCAGCCACCUCUAGUUAGUCUGUGUGACGGGAAAUGUACUGUGAUUUUGGGCCUUUUGGCUAUUCUCUGUUCUCUAUAGGUACUUGGUUUUAACUAUAUCUCAUUAUUGUUACUUUCUAGUUUAAGUAAUCCGUUUUCUUAAA